AUGCCUGGAAGGAAUGAACAACAACUUAACGCUUCUGCGGAGAGCCCUGCCACUGAUGUGCCGCUGCCCCCGCGGCAUGCAAGGGCGGAACCCGACAGCGGCGAUUCCACAGCACCCCCUGCACAGCGCCGGAGGGUCGAAGCACCUGCGGACCCGCGCUGGACCCUUCACAGUACUGUGAAAGGAGUACUGCUUGAAAGAGAAGGACAACUCACCCAGAUCAAACUGAAUGACUUCCUCCGUAAUGCAUUGGGCGGCAGAGGAGUCGUUGAUGCCAACGAGAACCUUCCGAUCGAAUCUUUUAUUGUAAGCCCCGAUACAUUUAUCACAAAUGAAGAUGAUCUGCGCCUAAUACUGUCAUUGCCAUCUUUCAAAGCGGUAAGAGAAGCGAUUGAAGAUGUGUACAAUCUACGUGCCGACGCACGCAAGCUUGCGGUCCAAGGCGUGUCUUCCCUCGCUCAAUGGAAGGAAUUUCCACAGAAGGACACGGUUACUCUUCUUGCUAAGGGGGAGCUUGACGCAGCCCUUGCCGCGGCGGAGGCAAACGAAAAGGCAAGGCAGGCAGAGGAAGAAAGGGCAAAACGGAUAGAUGAAAUUUUCAACCGGCCGUUGCCGGAGGGGUUCUAUCUCUCUGUGUUCAACGCGAAGUGGAGUCACGUCUUGGAAUUUUCAGAGGGCGAAGGGAAUAAUAUGGUGGUGCGAAUGCAGGUGCGUGAGGGCCAACCACCGGCACAGCUGUGGGAUUACACGCGGGAUGGCAUAACUCUUCUGCCGGUGGAAGAUGCGGGGCAAUUUGUCCCACCGCGCCCCAGGCUGGUGAUACUCUCGUCCGAGCAUGAAUGGCCUUACUCACUGAGGCAGAGAGAGGACAUUGAAGAUUGCUACAUUAACCGUGAGGUGGAGCGGGUGUGGCGGGUUGUCCAGGGCGAUUUAGAGGGAGAGUUUGGCGCCGCAGUUAGAGGCGUGCGUAAAGUGAAGCGGCGUCUCUUGAUCGGAACACCCGGCAUCGGGAAGUCAAUGGGUGUCGGCUCCUACCUCCUGUACAGGUUGCUCCACUACGACACCGCAAAACUCCAGGUGGUUGUGUACUGCUUUGGGGGGGAUUUGGCAUUCGUGUUUGAAAAAGAAGAGCAAACGGUGACAAAAUACAAGGGUAAGGUCAAUAUUACCGACCUUAUGGAAUAUUUGGAUUGGCGUGGAAAGAAGGGGUAUGUUAUCUACGACGUGGAUGAAAAGGGUUAUGAACCGCCGGGGGAUUAUCCGCCCUCCAAGUCAUGGGGCAUCAUUGUGCUGUCAUCUCCGAACGAAAAUAACUUCAAAGGAUGGGCGAAGCAAAAGGGUGCCGACCUCGUCGUUAUGAAUUGCCCUGACGAGAACGAUGUGAAGGCGAUGUGUGCUUGGGAGACGCGUGCUGAUUCUGCAGGGGAGCAGACAGAAUACUGCGAGAAGAUCAACAAACGCAUGGAUUAUGUGGGACCGAUUCCACGAAGCAUUUUUGAUGACGAUAAGUAUAGGAAACGAAUCACUGUGACAACGGAGGUCGUGGGAAUGAUUAACGCUUCGAAUGCUCAUAAUUACCUUUUAAUGGGCGAAGGGAAAAUGGUGCCUGCGAAUGACGCGUCUCACAAGCUGGUGAAGGCUGUCCGAUUUAGAGGAGAGGGCGGUGAUGAGACGUUUGUUAACCUGCCGGUUUGUUUACGCCUCGGACAUCGACUAAUCUCAAAGUUGACGGCGGUAGGCAAGCAAAAUGAUUUUUUGUUCCAAGUAUUGAGGCUGAGGGAUUCGCUUUUAUCAGAAGCUCUGGAACAAUAUGGAGUGCACGCAUUCACGAUUAGGGCCUUUGUGGAUAAUAUAAUAAAGAGGCUCAAGCCGCUGAAGCCACCAAAUGGACGUGCGCCACGGCCAUGCGUGCUGCAAUCAAACCCUGAAACGCAUCCAGACGGUUCAGUUGAAUUAACUGCUGGGAAGUACAAUCCUCCGAAGGUUGAUGUGAACUACAAGGUGCUGUACGCACCGUGGGACAGAAACUUUCCGCUGGUGGACGGCUUUUUCUUCGUCGAGUCACCGUCGGGAAGGACGAUGGUUGGGCUGCAGACAACUACGGCGAAGGAGCAUGACACCACCGCCAGCACUGUGGAGCUGUUCAAACAGCAGAUGAAAGACCAUUUUAAUGGCUGGGAAACUUUCGCGGAAGGCUUGUCGUGGGAGAUUAUUUACGUGCAGCAUAAAGACAGUACGCCAAUAAACACGUGGCAGAAAUGUGCUGCCGUCGCGCAAAAUGAACCGAAGCGGGGAGAAGGGGAAACUGUAAAGAAAAACAACGGGGAGGAGCAAAAGAAAAAAAGAAAGCGGAAGACGAACAGAAGAUUAAGGACUCUUGGAAUAAAGAUGUAUAUCAGUACCAGGUAG